CCCACCCAUCAUCGCGGCUCUGCCGGGAACCGCCACCGAGACCCCCAAAAAAACACCUCCCGGGAACCCCCAAUAUCCCCCCAAGGGGCAUUUGCGGCUCAGCUUUAGAGUCCUCCAAACUCCAGACAUCCCCUCCCCCCAAAAACACAACAAACACAGAGACUGUCCAAGAUAUUGGGGAUGAGCUCCCUCCCCGCUCACCCGAGCGAUGCGGGGCGGGGGGGGCGAUGCUCCCGGGGGAGCUGCGGCCUCCCGGCCUCUCCUUCCGCCCUCGCUCACGCUGCUCCUCCCGCUGCUGCUGCGCCCCCGUCUCGCCCCUGCCUCCCCCUUCUCUUUUUCUCUCCGCUCCUGCGGCUCCGGCUCCUCCCAGACCCCACCUCCCUCUCCUCCUCCCUCCCUCCCUUCUCCCGCUCCCGCCCAUCCGCGGCCUGCGCGGCUCCUGCAGGCCUCGCCGGACCGGCCGCCAACUGGGGGAGCCCCGGGCCGGGCUCCGACCCCGCCACCGACAGGAUUUCUGAUUCCCAAACCUUGGCUGGAUGGAGGAGGAGGCUGUGAGGAAGAUGCCCCAGGACACCCAGGCAGCAGGUGCUGCCACUGGAGAGUGGAGCUGUGCCAGCGUGGAGAGGACUGAGACCCACCGUGCCACCUGCGUGAGUUGUAUCUUAUCCUUCCACCCUGACCAUAUUUCUGAGGGCCGAAAGGUGCGGCUGAACCAGGACCCUGCACGGCCUGGGACAUGGCUCAGCAUGAGCAGGGAAACCACACAUCCUGGCUGCAUUCCAGAGAACUAAAACUACUAACACCUCCCCCAGCUAAAGAGAUAACAUCGAAAAGCAGCAGAGACAGAGAAAAUAAAGGGCAGAAACUGCUUCUCCCCCCCCCAACUUGGCAGAAAGGUAGUUUUGGUGGUAUUUUUUCUCUGCUUCUAGAAGUAAUCUUAGCAUUUUCCAACCUUUUCUUAUUUUUUCCUCUUUCCUCUUUGCAUCUCUUAGCAAUUAAUAAAAUCAGUUUUGAUAUCAAUGGAUAACUUGUGUGGGUUUUAAUUUUGUUCAAGAGAAUAUUCAAAUCUGAAGUUCUUUCUGCAACAUUUAAGCAGAUUGUAACAAUACUAUAAAAGCCCAAAUUUUAAUGGAAGGAUCUUCUGAAUUAUCCCUUCUUGGAGUGCAGAGAUUCCUCCUCGGAGUGGGGACGCCCCUCAAGAUCACUCCUUUACCCACAAUUGUUGGUCUGGCCCCCUCUCCCAGGUCCUGGCUUGGCGAGCGGAGAGGCCACUAGAGCAGCUCCUGCCCAGAUCCUGCACCUUCCCACUCCAGACAGAUCUGUGCCCACACAAACAGACCCACCGCAGGUGCAGGCAGGUGACCCCAGGGCUCAAAUAUCACAAAAACAGCUCGAAAGGACUGAAAACAACCAGAAAAAAGGGAUUUACAUGGAAACUGGAUCAGAGAUUUUCCCACAGACUCCAGUGGAUCCAUGAUGCCACUGCUUCAGAUCUUCCUCCUCUUACUUGGCCUUGGAAUUCUGGGAAUUCUGGGAAUUCCAGUGGUGGAAGUGCCAGAAAGUAGGCUCCUGGAUGCCCUCAACACUCCCAUCCAAAAGCAAGACCAGGGCCCCCCUUCCCACCUCAAGUGGGAGCCCUUCCAAGGCCGUCUUCCCCCCGAUGCCGUCUCCAGCUGGAACCGCCAUACCAGGCGCCUGGAAUUCGUCUGUUCCACGAUGGAGCUCAGCUGCAAUUCCGGCUCCUACGAUCCCAUCAGGGGCCCCUAUUGCUACUUCCCAAACAGGGGACAGGAGAAGCACACUUCCAACUUCAACAUCUUGGUCAACUCCGGCGGCUUUGAGGCCUUGGAUUGGGUGGAUGAUUCCUUUGGCACCGUCCCAGAAAAUGCUGUGGAGAGUUGCCCAACGAUCGACGUCUUCGUGGGGCGGAGCCGGGACGGGCUGGGAAAGGUCUCCAAGGAGCACCGGGCGCUUUUCGUGGCACUGGGGGGGGAGGAGGUUUGGUACAAGUGGUAUCAAGUCUUAGUGGUCAAGACGGGUCUGUCCGACAUCUCCAUCGUGGAUGUCGCCUACAACCUGAGCACGGUACUGGAACAUUCUGAGGAUGUGGUCUUGGCCAAGGCUCCGGUGCAGAACGAAGGCUGUGGGGUAGCCCCAGGGUCCACCUUCUUGGAAGAGGCCACAGAGGCGGAGCACACGUGGCGCUCAAAUCACCCCGCGCUGGCCACCGUGCGCGGGACGCUGCAGGCGGCCCCGUUGGUCCUCACCGGGACGGGCUGGGCCGUGGCAAAUGUCACCUCCCUGCCGUGGGUGGGCGGGGCCAGCAUCGCUAAGUUCGUGUCCCACAGGCCCCACGAGGUGCGGGAGGAGGUGCCGGCGCGCUCGGAAUGCACCGCGGUGCUCCGGGGACGCCGGCUUGACCUCCAGGUGAUGUUCACUGCCCAGCUCCGCCGAGAAUUCCAUGAUGGAUUCCAGCACAGUGUGGGGGUCACUGGCUGGGCACAGACCCGAGUGGUCACUGGGGUCAGUGCCAGGAUUGAGCAGUGUCGAGAACUUGCCAGGGUCCUGCCGUGUCCAGCAUAGGGAGGGACCUAUGCUGGACUUUGGGCUGGAUCCCAAAAAUUCCUCCACAAAGAUUUUUCCUGGUGUUUUUCCCCUGAAUAAUCCCACAAAAUGCAAUAGCAGCAACUUGGAAUGCAGGGCAAUGCUUGGAUUUGGUGGGUUUUCCCAUAUUUUUGCUUUUUGUGGCACAACCUUUAUCCCUUUCUGAAACCACAUGGUAAAACUGUGCAAAAACAUGGCAUUUUCUGACUGAA